AUGGAGUUCCCUGAGAUCAACAUGAUCAGCGAUUUUGAAGCAGGGGUGAAAUGUCUACAAAACCCAUCUCUGGUUUCUCGAUUCUUUUCACUUUCUCCCAUUGAAAAAGUACCCCAAGUUUACAGUUUCUGGAAAUGGGGUGCUUUAAUUCUCGCCAUUUUAGCUACUUUCAGCAGCUUAAUAAGAAAGAUCAAGCUAUUAUUCAUUUACGUUCGUAGAAUGAAACCUUCUGCUGAACCCCUUCUUCAAUAUCUAGGCGAAGACUUCGAUAUUUCCGAUGACGACGAUGAAGAUGAUAAAUGCUCGUCGGCGGCGGCACCGUCUUCGGAUGAUGAGGAUCUAUUAGAUCAACAAAUUGAUGAGGAUUUUACUGUUGCGGGGUCGUGUUUUUAUUUCAGGGAAAAAGGGCAAAAUAGGAAUUUGAGAUUCCGGCGGCGGAGAAAUAGCUUCGAGAGGUUUCCAUGGACGGAAUUUUCUGCCGGAAAGAAUGUUGUGAAGCUAUGGGAUAGUUUAGCUUUAGGAUUAGAUUAUGAAUACGAAGAUUUAUCGAAAAGUGUAGUUUCGUUAUGGGAUUUGAAUCAGGAAGAGAAAAUAGGAAAUUUAUUUACUGGGUCUUCUGAGGUACCGUCGGUGGCAAUGGCGUCGCCGUCUGUGGUUUUGUCAACGGAAGUGAAAAACGACCGGAACGGUGUUGUUUUAGCUGCGUAUGAUACAAGGAUGAAAAGUAAUUCUCCGGCGAUAUGUGCUGACUGGGGUAAAGGAUCAGGGAAGGUCGUCGGAGUUAAUGGUUCCGGCGUCGGAAAAGUUUACGUCAGAAAUGAAGCCGCCGGGAAGUUGACGGUCGGUGAUUUGAGAAACGUGAAAACGCUGUUAGAGUAA